AUGCCCCAGAGGAUCAUCCAGGCAAAUAUAAACCACUGCCGCGCUGCCCAGGACAUGUUUCUUCAUGCCAUGGCAGAGCGCGACGGGGGCCUGGGUGUCAUCGCAGAGCCGUAUCAGGUGCCGCCGGAUCAUCCGUGUUGGGCGGUUGACCGGUGUGGCUCUGUGGCAUUAACAUGGAGAAUGACAACUGAACCUGUCGCCUGUGCUCGAAUCGAACGGGGCGACGGGUUCGUUGUCGUCAAAUGGGGUCACGUUACGGUCGUGGGGGUGUAUAUCUCCCCGAGCAUCGACGUGCCCCAAUACAGAGUAGUUUUGGGCAAUCUAUGGGAUUGCCUAACUAAAAUCCUGCCCAAUCCUGUUGUCGUGGCCGGGAACUUCAACGCUAAAUUAGCGUUGUGGAGUCGGAUGACCCCCUAG